AUGCCCAAGGUCUGCGACCGACAGGUGCUUAUCAAUGAUGUCCCUGAUCUCUCCCUCACCAUCCUCGAGGAAGAGUUUGAUGAAGGCCUCGGCGGAUGCCCUCCGUUUGAUGAGUGGUUUGAGUACUUCCUUGUGGAAUCAACCGUGGAGGAGAUAUACGAGGUGCAACUUGCACUUUGCCUUAAGUAG